AUGGAAGGUAAAAGCUCCAAAGACGAAUCAUGCGAAAGAAUCACAGGCGAAAGGAUCUUGCCACCUUUCUUGAUUCCAAUUGUUUGGACAUGGAAAGAUCAUCAUCAGAUUUCGACUCAUCCAAAGUCUUCGAUUUGGGGCGACGCUGGUGAUGGCUGCUGGAUAAAGUAUGAUUCAUCGUCCAAUGAAGCAUUGGAAAAGGUUUAUCGUGAAUAUGCUUCUGGACAACUGGAGCAACGACGAUAUGACCUUGGCACGUACACCAUAGAUUUUUUGGCAAUGAUACAAAUCAAUCGAAAAACCGAUUUCCGCAGGAAGGUACAGAGACAUGUUGGCUUUCAGCCACUGAUCGAAGCUCACUACGAAGGCAGGCAAAGCGAAAUAUAUGACGCAUCACAGAGUUGCGAGCUCCUGAACAAGAUCAUGACUCGAAUCGAAAACGAGGUUAAAGAAUCGAUUGACCGGGAUAUACAUUUUGGUGUCAGUUAUCAAAACGCUUCAAGAACAGUGACAUAUUUCAGGCAGAAAGAUGUAGAGUGUUUCUUGGAUGUCAUCAAUGACUGCAAAAGGACAAUCACGCUUUGUUGCGAACGAGCUGGUGUCUCUUCUGAAUAUGAUGUGCUUCACCCCGACAGUCGCUCCGCUGUAGAGUGCUGCCUUGGAGAAGAUGCACGAGAGAUGUGUAUUCAUCUCAUUGACUUUUCAAAUGAGAGAUUGAAGCGAUAUAAUAUGAUUGAAGAAGGAAAAGUAUCAAUCGCUGCAGAAACAUUGCUGCCAUGGCUGAGCGAAUUUCAAUUAAUCGCUCUUCACUCAAUCUCCAACGAUUCUGGUGGAGGAAUCGUCAUGUCAGAUUAUUCUUCUGAUGACGAUUCUGUACACGUGAAGCCAGAAUACCAACAGCAAUCGUCUUCUGGGAAACCUGUGAAGACUAUGGAUGAGCUACUGGAAGUGGCUACUAUGGCCCAACCGCUUUUUCGUUCCCUGAUUAACAAACUGUUGAGUAAACUCGACGCAAUAAUGGAUGGGGCACACUCUUCCAGCAAGCCGGUCGUAUCAUUUGUGAGCCUAAAAAAUAGGUGGCGAGCGAGCGAGAAGGCGCAAGACGACUACUCAAAAUUUGUCCCUGGUCCCGCCUUUUCCUGGCUGUACGACAUUGUGCGUGGGAGCAUUGAGUUUCACUCCGCUGCCGAAGUCAUUGCUUUCGUGGGCUUGCUUGAACAAGAUCAAUCGAUUCAUAUUGUGAAGGCAAAGAAUCGGUUUCAGAACCCCAGCCUUACAGGUUACCGUGAUUUGAAUAUCCAAUUUCAGAUUGCUGUAAACGACAGAUUCAAGCACGUCUGCGAGAUACAAAUUCAUCACAAUGCCAUCAAGGUCCUGGACCGAGAGCUCAACACCCACAAAUUCUACGAAUACUUCAGAUCAUACUUUGCAGGAGCCACGAAUAGUCUGAAGGAUAGGCUCGACGACCUUCGGAUGAUCGGUGGAAGCGGCACAGUAGAUGAAGGCUAUCUUCACUCUCUUUUGCCAUCUUGUGUCGACGAAGAGCGCCUGGAAAGACUCGCAGCUUUGUUUGAAGUACAACUGACAGAAUACCAUUGGGCGUCAAGAACAUACGCCAAUCUUCUGGAUCUUCGAAUCAGCAAAUAUGGGAAACGUCAUCCAUCAAUCGCAAGUGCAUACACCAGCAUUGGUAAUGUUAUGAAAGCACAAGGUAAACUUGAGGAGGCCGUUUGGUACUAUAAAGCUUCACUUCGAAGUGAUCAGUCAUCGGCCAUGGUUGUCGCAUCGACGUAUCGAGGAAUGGCCAGAAUCUUGGCAGUCGAAAAACAGACUGACAAUGCUAUGGAAUUAUUUCAAAGUGCUGUCGAGAUUCUUGGUGAAGUCCCAAUCGUGGUGGGAGCUUACGUUGAUAUGGCCAACCUGGCGUUGGAAAUCGCAAAAAAUCAAUACGGGGAAGAACAUCAGCAUGUGGCCACCAUCCUGCAGAAUAUGGGUCGAAUUUCAAGUCGGGAGGGAGCGUACGACGCUGCUAUUCAGCUGUACCAAAAGUCACUUGAGAUUUCGAAAAGGACCCUUGGUGAGGAUCAUCUGUCGGCUGCAGAAAUAUACCAAAGCCUUGGGCUUAUCUUUCAGCAACAAGGGGACCUGGAUGGAGCAUACAGCUUGUACGAAAAGGCACGUCAUAUGUACCAAGCAGGAUUGGGGGCAUGGCAUACACUGGUCGCAGACUCGUAUGAUAUGCAAGCUGGUGUACGUUGGCAGGAAUGCAGGUUUUCUGAUUCCAGAUCAUUGCAUGACCGGGCUCGCAAAAUUCGCUCGGCUCUCCAAGGUCGCAACUCUCGCUCCGCUCUUCGUGAUGGCAAAAGUAAUUUUAAAUUUCCCUCGUCGUCUGGUGUUAUGGUUACAAAUGAUUUGGGCUUUGGCAUUAGCAAGAAUAAUGUUGACGAGGACCAUCCAUAUUAUGCCUAUGGUUUGGACUGCGUUGCUCGCUCGUUGAUGAAUUCGGAGAAUCCCGAAGAGGCCCUGCUGCCCAUUGAAAAGUUGAUCGAGGUCAUUAAAAAAACCUUUGGAGAUCAACACGUUCUACUCGCGAACGUUUAUCAGAACAUGGCAACAGUGUUGCGCCGCUUGGGAAUGCUUGACGAGGCUAUGGAGUCUUAUGAAAUGUUUCGAUGUAUAGUGGAACAAGCGAGGGAAAGAGAGAUUGCGGUCGACCGAUGCUCCGAGUGGGCGCGAGCCUACGAGGACAUUGCCAGUCUACUUUUGCAACGAGAGCGUACUUCCCGAGUUGCUGAUGCAUUUGGUGCACUCCUAGCAGCCCUAAAGAUGCGCAAGCGAGUUGCCUUGGAAAGCAACCAUGAGAUGCUUUAUAUCAUAUCCACCUUUGAAAGCAUUUCAAAACUACUAUCUGAAAACAACAAAGCAAUGAUGAUCGAAACGAUGUAUGAAAAUGAACCCCUGGCGAGAACCAGAAAUAGAGUCGUUGCAGAUGGAUUGGAGCUAUAUCAGGGAAUGAUACGGAGAAGCCUUUGUCGGGAUUCUUGUCCCGCGAAAAUGCUCUUGGAUGCGAUCGCCAAAGUUUCCGAGGCAAAUGAAAAUGACGACGAUCAAAACAGCAUCCACUCCAAGGUUUGCAACCUUCAAAACCUCUUGACAGAGAGAAACUACAAAGAACUUCAUUCCACAGUGGUGGAGCUCUUGGACGACCUUAGAAAAGGUCACUAG